AUGUCGGUCUCGUCGCGCGGCAGCCUGAGCAAGCAAGGAGCAAGAGGAGACGACGACGCGUCACAGGGGCUGAGAUCGCGUGCAUCUUCGGUGAUAUCGGAUGUGAUCGAGGGUGGCGGCCUCAACGAUGAUAGCCGCCAGAACAAAGCUAACAGCCAGCCUUCUCUGGCCAUCCCCGCUCUUCUCCCGCUCGAAGGGAAGACCGACAACGAGGACGGCUCGUACAAGACGCCCAGCCGCGUCCGAUUGAGCUGCGAAACCUCGGCGGGCGGUACCGCAGCCGACGGGGCGGACAAGGAGAAUUCUCAGGUCGGGGCCGGGUUGGUGGGCGGGGGGAAGAAGAGGGAGGGUGACGCCGCCUUGGAGGCAAAGAAGCAGAUUUCGGGCCAGAAGCGAACGGGCGGAGACAUCGAGAAGCAGAAGUCGUUCACCGGAAGUUACUUCCAGGUCUCGCCAAGCUCCUUUCUUAAGUCCAGCAAGCGCCAGCGAAAUUUCGCGUAGUUCCUCGAGUAUUGAGCAGCAUCCCAGCAUCGGCGAGGCAACAACAACACCGCGUAACCGUUGACUAUUAUUCCCAACCGAACUGGCCGGGUGGUUUCGUUGGCUACACGUUCUUCUUCCUGGAAGGCAUGGGACACUCAAGCGGUUUCUCAUCGGCUUCUUCUCGAAACGUUUCUCGAAGUCGUGCACUUGCCUUCGGUGUUCAGCAUGCAGAGUUGGAGCUCCUUGGGGGUCGUGGCUUGGUCGAAAGCCGUUCUGGCGGGAUUUGAUGCUGCCGUUCUUUCGUGAAGUGAAACCGCUGAAAAUGUUGCUACAUUGUAGUUUCAGCAAGGAUACAGGCUGAGGUCCAUUUGGGGAUUUGGACAGCUGCAAGUUUGCUAGAUAAAAUAUUGGAAUCUCCCGUCGUCCGCGUGGUAUGUGAUCUCAUACUAUGACAAGAGGGAAGCUGGUCGUGUCCCCGUCGAGGUGCCAAAUCACGCCUUCCUCUGUUCCUUCGAGUCCUCGUUCGUCUGUUCUGGCACCUGUUGUACGUAUGCGUGAAAAGGAGACCGUCAGGCACGAGGCCAACCAUGUCCGGUGUGACGGGCACCAGAAUUGUACGACGUUACUGCGACGUUGGCUCGCUCUCCUGCCAUAGAUGGUGUCGCAUACGAACGAACUAAGUUCACGGAGAGAGUUUUGGUCUUGGUUGUCUCUUUUAAUAAUCGAAGGGUCUCCUUGACUGUAGCGAGGCCUGUUCCUCAGUAGGUCAUUCGGAAUUUUCGACCUACACGGCAGUUCCGAAAGAGUGUUGAAGUUUAUGUUCGCGCGUAUUCGUCUUGAAAAGAUUGCUUCGCAGCUACAGCAAAUGUUUUUUCGUUUGAGUUUUGGCCCCGCCGAAUACAGCGGUCGCGGCAUCACUGCCUGUCGUGCCAAACUCAAUGUUCGUGUCUCAGCUUGUAUCUUUAGCCACUUUGUAACUUUACUAUCUGCUAGCAGAACUACCCAUACAUUUGAGGCAUGCCUAGGCAUUCGUGUAGGAGAGAGUACUCUACCAUAUAUACAUUUGAGGCAUGCCGGCAGAUGUCUAUUGUGCCUUUGGUUAUUUUUUCUGGAUAUGCAUGGUUUUCUGACUAGAGCAUAGCAGUAACAAGGAUUCCUGGUGUCGCAUCCUUCGUGUGGCCACACCGCGAUGUGAAACGCGCGUGUGUUUAUUGUGUAGACUAUUAUCGAAAUCGAAAAAGGUUUCAAAAUAGUGGGUUCUGGGCUUCUUCCCACAGCCUGGGAUCCUUGGCGUGAACCGGUCCUCUCUCUUAUCUGCCGCAGCUUGAUCCUACGGAUGUAGCAUGCGAAAGUUGAACAAAGGUGGCACUUGGCAAGAAGUGUACACCUUGGGCGUUAUCUCAUGAAGCUACACACGGAGCUGCACAGAUUUGCGUCGAACAAUAUG